GUUCCCUUUUCCUGAUCGUCGCCCGACGCCCACCCCAGAGAGACCUGAACUUUUCGCCAAGCCAUUUAACUCAUUACCGAGGGCGGGCCGCAUCCAUGUGACUGACCUGCAGGGCUGGGAGAAACGGCCUCCCCCAACUAGCAACGGCCUACCCGGGCCCAGCGGCGGCGGCCCGGGUUUUGUCGCUGCCGGGCCCGGGCCAACGGGGCCGCCAUUUCAUGGGGAGGCCGGGCAGCCCCCCGCAGGCCGAGACCCGGUGUCCACUGUGGGGGCUGCCGGAGGAAUUGUUGCUGCUUAUCUGCUCGUACCUGGACGCGCGGGCCUUGGGCCGUCUGGGCCAGACCUGCCGCCGACUUUGUCGCUUCACUUCCCGGGAUGUUCUCUGGAGGCGCCUCGCCCGUUCCUGCCUCAACGCUGGCUUCAGUGCGCUCGGCAUCGACCUAGUGGAAGGUGUUCCAGUGAAGGAAAGGGUCAAAGUUUCUCAGAACUGGAGACGUGGGCACUGUCAGAGGAACCAGCUUCUCAAAUGGAAGCGCAAUUUAAUGCCCUGGAUGCAUUUGGAUAGUGAGUAUCUUUACCUGUCUCAGGCAGAAGAUAUUCAGGCUUAUUGGCUUCGUCCCAAUCACACUGGUUUACAACACCGUCCUCAGGCAGUCUUCUCUGGGCAUCAGGAGGACGUGUGCCGCUUUGUGCUUGCUAAUGGUCACAUUGUCAGUGGAGGAGGAGAUGGCAAUAUUGCCCUUCAUAAAGUGAAUAGCUCCUUUAGCUUCAAAUUCUUGGCACAUGAACAGGAAGUGAACUGUGUGGACUGUCAAGGUGGCAUCAUUGUGAGUGGCUCCCGGGAUAGAACAGCAAAGGUUUGGUCUCUAUCACCAGGCAGAGCUGGGCAAUGUUUGCACACCAUACAGACUGAAGAUCGUGUCUGGUCUAUUGCUAUUAGUCCAUUGUCAAGUUCAUUUGUGACGGGAACAGCUUGCUGUGGACAUAUUUCCCCUUUGAGAAUCUGGGAUUUGGGGAGUGGACAGCUGAUCACUUGCCUUGGAGCAGACUUCCACCGAGGUGCUGGAGUCUUGGAUAUUUUCUACGAAACACCUUCCACUUUGCUUUCUUGUGGGUAUGAUACCUACAUCCGGUACUGGGAUUUAAGGACAAGCACAAGGGACUGUGUAAAAAAAUGGGAAGAGCCUCAUGAUAGUGCCCUGUACUGUAUAAGGAGCAAUGGGAAUCACAUGAUCGCAAGUGGCUCUUCUUAUUAUGGUGUGGUCCGCCUUUGGGAUAAAAGGCAAAACAGGUGCCUUCAGAGCUUUUCUUUGUCAUCACCAGUCAGUAGUCCUGUGUACUGCCUUUGCUUCAGCACCACCCACCUCUAUGCCACUCUGGCAUCUGCGCUGCAUGUACUUGAUUUCACCACCUGACAAAGUCCUGGACUGUCGUGGACUGCAGAACAGAUACCCAUCGUGGAGAACAUCAGGAAGGGAGAAUACUCGUGAGACAAGAAGCAGCCUGAGAGUCAUCCCAAGUGCUGAGGAGGACCCACAUAGUUCAUCUAGCUUUUGGAUUCAAUAAAGGCUAAUCUCUCUCCAGCUUAUUUUUGUAAAUCUUUUGUGUUUUUAAAGAAGCAACUUCUAAUGAAGGAUGCAUUCAGAAAACUUGUUUGGAGACGUACACUGGUUUCUGUGUAUCCAGUAUGAGCUUCUUCAUGCUUUUAAGUCCACCCCUGGGGGUAUAGACCUUGUGCUGGAUUUACAUUGGCAGGAAAGGGCUGUAACCUGGACAUAGAAGGGGCUAAGACAGUGAACUAGCUUUGUCCUGCUGCUUUACUGACAUUCAUCACUUCCUCUUAAAUAAGCAUAGGGCUGUAAGUUUGAAGCAUUUUCUGGAUGUAUAUAUUGUACCAGAUUUAGCCAUUGGUGUCUGGGUUCACACAAGGAGUACUUCAUUGGAAUGAUGCUGUUAAGUCAAUGUGUUGAAUAAACUGUUAGAGGAA